UGUUUCUCUUAAUUUCAUUCAAAUUCACAUCAAUUUGUUCAAUUUUUACAAGUUUUUCCCCAGAUUAUGGGGUACAGUAGCCUUGAAUUUAAGCUGAAUUUAAUGUAAUGGUAAUUCAAUUAGUGAAAUUCAUGUUAAAAUUCUCAAAUUCUGUUUCAUUUAGUUCAAAUUCAACAAUAAGAACAAUUUCUUCAGUGCAAUAUGUAGCAUCUAGGGCAAGAGACCCAACAUUUGAGAAGUAUAUGGAUCAUUACAAGAAGCUUGUUAAAGUAAUUGCUAUUCAAGACUUAAUCUUGGCAAACCCUAACAAAAACCCACCUUCAGUUUCAGUUGAUUUCUUGUCUAUGUUGUCUCAAAGACUUCACCUUAACCGGGGUGCACCGUCUUUUCUUCGUCGGUACCCUCAUUUUUUUGAGAUUUUCUAUGAUCAUACUAAGUCUAUGCCUUAUUGUAAAUUGACUGAUAAAGUGGUUGAGAUUUCUCGGUUGGAGGCUGGUGCAAUUAAUGAGUCUUUGUCGUUGGUUGUGAAACGAUUGGUUCGAGUGUUGUUGAUGUCGGUGUCUAGGUCAGUGCCGUUGAGGGCGGUUUUUAAAGUGUGGAGGGAGUUGGGUCUUCCUGAUGAUUUUGAGCAGUCUGUGAUUGCAAGGAAUCCUCAGUUGUUCUUGCUUUGUGAUGGGAAUGAGCCUAAUACCCAUGUUUUGAAGCUUGUUGGUAGUUACCCUAGUGAUCAUUUUACUGCUGCGGUGGAGGAUUGGCGGGUUUUGGAGUGUUGUAAGGAGGAUUCGAAGGUUGCUAGGACGGAGUUGCAAUAUAGUUUUAAGCAAGGGUUUCCACCUGGAAUGAAGUUGAAGAAGACUUUUAGGACAAAGGUUCGGGAAUGGCAGAAGUUGCCGUAUGUUGGGCCGUAUGAGGUUGUAGGAGAGAAGAAGAGAGCAAAGAUUGGUUUAAAGGGUUUGGAGAAACGAGCGGUUGCCAUUUUUCAUGAAUUCAUGAGUUUGACUAUUGAGAGGAUGUUGGAGGUGGAGAAGAUUAGUCAUUUUAGGAAGUGGUUUGGGAUUGAUUUGAAUAUCAGGGAGUUAUUUUUGGAUCACCCUGGGAUAUUUUAUUUGUCUAACAAAGGGAAGAUGCAUACAGUUUUCUUGAGAGAAGCUUAUGAAAGGGGACGAUUGAUCAACCCAAAUCCUGUUUAUGAGGCCAGGAUGAAGCUUCUUUAUCUUAUUAUGAUGGAAUGCCGUGGAAUGUUAACUAUGACUCAAGAGUCAGUCAAUGAGAAACAUGAUGUGCAAGACAAAGACGUUAGACAGAUUUCUGUCCCUUCAGUUUUAGACAAUACUGACAGAGAUCAAUGAUAUCAGAGCUAUGAUGAUCAAAAUGUUGGAUUACUGAAAACCAAAGGUUGGCAAUGAAGCCUAUUCAAGUUUUUGCUACAGCUCCUAGUGAAAAUUCCAUCACUUGGGAGUUUCAGAGAGUGAUUUGCAGAGGAGCUUUUGAAGAGUAGAAUUCAAUAGUUGUGGCCCAACAAUCCAGAAGUAUAUCAAGACUUGCAGAAAUUGGAUACUGACCUAUCACACCUCUUGCGCUUAUAUAUGACAAUGUUGAUAGGAAAAGCAGUCAAUAAAAUACGGUGCUGUGUCAUCAUUUUGUUACCUGUACUUCUGGGAACGGAUUUUUAGAGAUUUUAACAUUUGGGAUCUGAACUUUAAAGCUUAUCAUUUGAGACCUAAAGUUGGAUGUAUGCCUUUUCUUUUCUCUCUCUUUUUUUUAAUCUUUCCUUUUCCCAAUGGUUAGAUUGAUGGUGAGGAGAGAGAUCGUUGUAGGAGGAAAGAGUGAGAGAAUGUUUAGCUGAGAGAAGUCAGAGAAGAGGUUUUGAUUGGUAAAAUCCGGUCAGAUUGCAAAUAAAGUCACAUUAGUAUUUAUGGAAUACUUCUUGCUGAAAUAUCUACUCUUUAGUCUCAAUCUCUCAAAUUACUUGCUCCGCAUGCAGUUGGCAGAGUUGGUAUUAUUCAAUGAGUGAAAAAAUAGAGAGAAAAAGGUAGAGAGGGAAGGGCCUAACUUCACUGAUAUUUUAGAGGAAAAGUUGACCAUAUAAGGAUGGGGCAAGUAUUCGAGUUACCUGAAAAGGAAAAUGGGGAGCCAACUUUGUCUGUUACUCCUGUGAAAGUGUAAAGUAGUUGGUGUGGUUUGUGAGAGUGAGAAGCCAAUCAUUUCUCUGCCCAGGAAUUAAUCCUGCGUCUAGUCAGUGGUUUCUCGUAGAUAUUCCUGCCAUUGCCAUUGCAUCAGUUCUUCCUCAAUACAGUCUACAAGACAAGGACAUCAAUGAAUGAGUUAAUCCAUAUUGUGAUCCACAGGAUGGUAGUGCUUUGAUUCGUAGCUCAAUCAUGCUCCAAGGCUAUCUAAAUUACACAUUGAUUUGGUUUCAUAUAUACCCUGAAGUCAGUAUAUGCAUCAACCAAGGAAACCACAUUAUAACAAUUUAGUGCAUGUUCUCAAUAAUGUAGCAACAGCAGCAUGAGAAGGCAUCGACUGAUGGCAACUGAUCAACUCAGAGUAUUAGCCUUCUCAAGUAAGUCCUGAUAGAAAUCAUCUCCUAAUUCCAAAUUCUUCUUGGCUUGGAUCAGCUGAAAUCAAAGAAGUAGAGCACGAUUUCCUUGUUUUUUUAGAAGUCGAGUGCAGAGCAAUGGCGGUUGUAGCAUAUUUGAACAAUUGAACUUACAUAGGUGGUGCAUUUACUUGAAGAGAUAGGGCUCGCAAAUCUCUAGCCAAGAUUUCUGUGUUCAAUACCUUAAAUUAUAAAUACAUAGAUAAUGACUGUCAUUUUACACGAGACAAGGUACUUGAAAGACACUUAUCUACCUAUAGGUUCUCAGCUGGCUGAUGUAUAACAAAGGUACUUCCAUCACCUCAGUUCAAUGUGCUUAAGUCCAAGGUAGGCAUUCGACACAAGCCUUAGCUUUAUGCUUUUGUUGGACUAUGCAAUCAGCCUAAGAAUGCAAUAAGUCCGAGUCGGCAAGUCCAAUAAGAUUGCUUGUUGAUGAUCUAGUGAUAUUCUGUGGAAUAGCAACCAGGGGAUCAUAAAGUCAUCGGCGGGAGUUUAGUUUGAUGGGUUUAUUAUUUCUGAUGCAAUGUCAACACAGUUUGUUAGGUGAUUGUUAUGUUAUUUAUUAAUUAGGCUUAUAUAGAUUUAUAUACUCUGAGUUGUAGUCUCACUCAAGAAUUUAUUAAAUCUGUUUCAUUACAUGGCACCUAAACUGUAAUCAUUGAAAUGUCUCACUCUAGAAUUUUUUCAAUCUGUUUAAUUCCAUGGCAUCAGAACUGUAAUGACUGAAAUCUCUCUCCGAUUACAGUAAUGGAGUUUAGUAUACUUGUCUGAUCUUUCUCGUCAAG